CAAAUGUCAAUUUUAACGAAGAUUGAAGAACGGCAGCCAUUUUCGUUAUAAGGUUUUUCUUGUUAUGUAUAAAUGCUAGUGUUGUGAAAGCAGAUUUUAAUAAUCAAUUCGCAACUUUUGAAAUGAACAGGAUACCAGGUUCAGAUGAAGAAGACGAUAUAGAAAGUUUAAGAUUAGCAGCUUUGCAAUCGCUAAAAAGAAGAGAGAGUUUCUCUUUGAAUUCAGAUUCUUCUCCUCAUUUUAGAGGUAAAGGUUCUCGAAAUAAAUGGGGACGAUUUGGAUCUCAUCAAAGACCUGGAAAAACAGGUCAUUUCAGUAGACACCGCAACACAAAUUUAAUACCUAUUAUGCCCAUUGGUACUGAAUCUGAUGCUGAAACUGAAAAAAAAUCAAAUUUACUCAAAGUUGCAAGUUCUGAAAGUGUAAACAAAGAAAAUUCUUCAAAAGAAGUAGGUUGUAGUAAAUUUACUAGAUAUAAUAAAUCAGAAAGUGAAUCUGAAGGAGAUGAAACUACUUCUGAUGAAAACCAACCUGGGAAAUUGAAAAAAUCCGAUAGUUUAGAAGCAUUAAUGCAAGAAUUGGAUGAAGAAAUUAAAGGAAAACAAAUAGAUGGUGAAACACAGACUACAAAGGAAGUUACACAAAACGAAAAAAUAACAGAACAGAGCUCCUCAGGUGUAGAAACGCAAGUUGAAUUAUUGAAUAAGGCAGUUGAACCUACAAAAGAAGAAGAAAACACUUCUUCCGCUGAUGUUAAAAGCAUUGCAGAAGACACAUCAUCCAUUAAAGUUGAUACUGGAAUUAAUAAAUUUGAAAGAAAGAACAUUUUUCCUCGAAAACAUUUCAAAUCUAAGUCACCUAACAGUAGAUUUUUUCAUAAAAAACGCAGAAUGUAUCAUAAUCCAAAUAUGUCAUCCCCACCACAUCAUAUGCCAUUUAAUUUUAAUCUUAAUCCGUUUGGACCUCCAAUAAUGCCAUUUAUGAAUCCUCCUCAACACAAUCCGAUGUUCAUGCAGACAAAUGUUUCUCAGCCACCUCCCUUGUAUUUUGAGAGACCAAUAUCACCACUUUCAAUUAAUACAGAUUCACUUACAACAGCUACAAUGGCACCAUUAUCUCCCAGAAGUGCUAGAUUUGUACUGGAAAACAAGGCUAUAAUUGAAAGAAGGAAAAGAUCUCCAAGAAGAUCAUAUUCUAGAAGUCCUUCUCGAAGUUUGUCUCGAAGCCCAAGAUAUUCUCCUAGUCCACCAAGAAGGUUUAGAAGAUCUGUAUCGCCAAGAAGACUAUCUAGAUCACCAAGACGGUUUUCUCCACGAAAACGGUCUCUUUCACCUAGGCGAAGAUCACCAAGUCCUAAAAGAGAAAAUCCUCCCAUUUCACAACAAACUAGACCACAAAAUAGACCUAAACCUAAACCUGAAAAGGUUGAGGAAAACAAACCAAAAGAAACUGAUGUUCCUAAGGUUGAAGAAGAGCAAAUAUUAGACCCCAUUUUGCUAGCCAGAAAGAAGAAAUUUGAAUCUAAUGAAAUAAAGAAGAAGGAGGGUAUUAUCAGGUUAAAACCAAAAGAUGAUAAACCUGUGAAAUCUGAAACUACAACUAAAUCUGCAGAUUCAAAAGCGGAGACUUCAACUUCCCUUUCAAAUGAAAGUCAAAAGCCAAAUGAAAUUAAAACAUCCACUAAGUCAACAUCUAAAGGAACACCAAAAACUGAGCAACCAAAACCAAAAACUGAUGAUUCAAAAGGUAAAAUGGAAGAAGCAAAAGGGAAAAUGGAAGAAGCACAAGGAAAAACUGAAAAAGCAGAAACAAAAACUAAGGAACUUAAAGUAAAAGAAGAACCAAAAGCUACUGAGGAUCCAUUGGAAUUUCAAGAACUUGAGAGACUUCUUCUAAAUGAAGAUGCUCCAUUGGAUGAGCUUGAUGUGCAACAUAAAGUUGCAGAUAUAUUUUCAGAUGAGGAAUCUGAUAGUGACAAUGAAGGUAGAUUUAAAAUGAAAGAAAAACGUACAACCGUACCAGUUCUUUCAUUUAGUAAAUUAGUAAAUGGAGUAAAACAAGAGAUUAAAAGGGAGGCACUUCCUGAUUCUUCUGGAACAAGGCGAGGAAGAGAUAGAGAUCGAGAUAGAAGAAGAAGGUCUACACCAAUAAAACAAAAACCAUCAGAAACUAGACAAGAUCAUAAAAAAGAAAGAAUUCAACCUACCUCUAGUGAACCUCAAACUAAAAGGCAGAAGAUAACUUUCAAGAGCGAUCCCAUGCCCUCCAUAGAAAAUAGAGCAGAUAAUAAAAUUGAGAUAAAAAUUAAGAAUCCUUCAAAAUAUGAAAAAACUGAAAAAAUUAAAAGCAAAGUGGAACCUGUUGUGGAAAAAAGCAAAAUUAUUCAUAUAAAUGAAGAUGAUGACGAUGAUGAUGUUGAGGCAUUAAUUGAUGAAGAAGAGGAAAUUAUUUUGGAAAAUGAUAGUGGGGAUGAAGAAAAUGCUGUUCUAACAGAAGGUGACCUUCGUACUCAAUUAAGCAGGAAAAGAGCUGAAAAACUUUAUAAAAUACCAGCAGAAGAAGUUUCAACAAGAAUUCUAAAAUUUGCUUUGCAAGGAGCAGUUUUUAAGAAAUCAAAGAAAAAGUCCAAAAAGAAAAGUAGUAGUGAAGCAAAACUUCCGAUUCAUCUGCGACUGGGAUUAAAUAGUACCAAGGACAUCUUUGAAGAUGUAAAAGUGAAGAAGAAAAGCAAAAAAAGGAAAGCCCGUGAAGUAUUGGAGCAGAAAGCUCCAUCCAAAUAUAUGAAGAAUCUUCAACUUGAGUGAAUUAGAGACUGUUCAUCUUAUCUAUAAAAUGAGGUAUUGUAAAUAUUUAGUUGAUUUAAGUAGUUUGUAUUGUUUUUUUAUAAUUUACAUUUAACCUUUUUUGUUUCGUUUUGUUUCCUACUACAUUAAGUGAAUACUAUUUCUCUAAACUUUUAUGUAUAAUACUUUUUUGCUAAGCGUACAAAUUAUUUUUUUUCUAAUCUUUUAUUGUCUGUCUAUGAUUUCUAAUAAGUCCCAAAAUAUACAAUAAGAUUUAUUUGUAAUUAUCUUUUACC